AUGCCCGGCGGCAAGGGAAAGUCUUCUGGCGGAAAGAGCUCGGGUGGUAAGACCAGCGGCGUCGAGGGCCAGAAGAAGCAACAGAGCCACUCUGCCCGCGCCGGCCUUCAGUUCCCCUGCGGUCGUGUCAAGCGAUUCCUCAAGCAAAACACCCAAAGCAAGAUGCGCGUCGGAGCCAAGGCCGCCGUCUACGUCACCGCUGUUCUCGAAUAUCUAACUGCGGAAGUCCUCGAGCUGGCGGGCAACGCCGCAAAGGACCUCAAGGUCAAGCGCAUCACCCCGAGACAUCUCCAACUUGCCAUCCGUGGUGACGAGGAGCUCGACACGCUGAUUCGCGCCACGAUUGCCUACGGUGGUGUCCUGCCGCACAUCAACCGCGCACUGCUACUUAAGGUUGAACAGAAGAAGAAGAACAAGGCUCUUGAGCUUUAA